CUUUAAAUAAGAAAAGCUGAAACAUGAAUUGGUUGGCAAGUUGUGUUUUACUUCUUAUUGGAACAAGUUUUUCUGAUACCAUUUUAACCGAGUCAUAUAAAGAUAUACAUGAAAUAAAAUGCCGUAAUUAUAAAGAAAUCCUUCCAAACGGAGCUUGUAUGAAGUAUUUGAGCAAAUACAAAAUCUAUCAAUCAAUUAAACGCAGUAAAUCAAGGAAUAAAGAUUUCGAAUGGAUUAUCAUUUUCAACCUUGUAAAAAAAAAUCCAGCCAUACCUUACUUGAGAAGAGCAGUUGGUCUUAUAGUCGAGCAGAUAAGGCCUCGCUCUUGCGUUAAUAUUCAAGCUUUUGAUCAGAUGUUUGAUACAAUUAGAGUUAAUAUAGAAACAUAUUUCACGAAAGUUUUGGAUUGUGUUGAUAAAAUAAUACAGAUUCUAUGUUUUGUAAAGCAUCCUACAUGUUUGCGAUCUGUUAUCGAUAACCAGACUAUCAUUUCGCCACCUUGCCGACGAAUUUGCAAAAACAACAAGUGCAUUGGACUGAUGCUGGAGAUUUUAAAAAAAGUUCAAUCUUUACAUGAAAUAUGUCCGCGUAAAGUAAACGAUCAAAGUUUUAACAUCAACUUAACUCAGGGUUGUGCUAAUUUCCCACACGAAGACAUGAAUAAUAUUGAACGUUGUCAACUACUUCCAGAUACUGAAGGUAAAAGAAAUUUCACGACGAAAUGUUUUCAAGACAAUGGUGGCUCGUACAACGGAUCUGUCAACGUUACUAUAACAGGAAAGACAUGUCUGCCUUGGAGUAUUAAUCCAUUUUUAUCUUAUCCAGUAUACAGUGAUUUACAAAGCAACUUCUGUAGAAAUCCUCAAGGAUAUGCAAGAGCACCUUGGUGUUAUGUAAAUAUAACUUCUCGUCAUUGGGAAUAUUGUAACAUUCCUAAAUGUGUUAAUGGAAGUACGGUUCAGACAACGCAUGCUGGCAUGACUAAAUUAUUGCUCGUAGUGGUUGCUCCAGUACUUUCAUUAAUUUUGCUGUUUAUAAUAUGGAGAAAAUUUUGUUAUCAAAGAAGAAGUAAUGACAACGUGAUUAUUGUUUCGUACGACACCUGUGACGCAUCUGACAGCCAAAGAGUGUCAAGGUUAUUGAAGGUACAUACUGAAACCUUAUACCUCGAAUCAGGAGGGUCUCCCGGAAAUAAGAUGGUUACAUGCGAAGAUUUAGAAUAAAAGUAGCGUUAUUUUUAAAAUCUUGCAUAUGAUCAUUUUACAAUUCUAUAUAAAACGAUGCCGUAAUAAUUCGAUCAAACGCCCCUCUAAAAGUUUGAGACUAAGUAUUCCUUGCCAUAGUGUAAUAUGUAUUUAUC